AUGGCUACCGACUACAAGUUCGAAGGAUGGAUGGGUCUUGACCCUAGCUCUGGUGAGGGUAACAUGGUCUGGCAAGAAUUCCAGCCCAAGAACUGGGAAGAGACCGAUGUCGAUAUCAAGAUCUCGCACUGCGGUAUCUGUGGCUCGGAUCUGCACACUCUGCGCAGCGGCUGGCGCCCAACCACUUACCCUUGCUGUGUUGGCCACGAAAUUGUAGGCACAGCCGUGCGUGUGGGCUCCCAAGUCCCCGACAUCAAAAUCGGCGAUCGUGUCGGUGUCGGUGCCCAGAGUGAUUCCUGCCGUAACCGCUUCGGCGACUGCCAGGAGUGCGCUGCCGGGAAGGAGAACUACUGCUGCAAGAAAGUUAUCGGCACCUAUAACAGCGUCCACUAUGAUGGUGGCAACUCCUAUGGCGGAUACGCGAAGUAUAACCGUGUGCCCGGUCACUUUGCUAUCAAGAUCCCUGAUGCUAUCCCCUCUGCGGAUGCUGCGCCUAUGCUGUGUGGUGGUGCUACUCUCUAUAGCCCCCUCAAGCACAACAACUGUGGUCCCGGCAAGCGGGUUGGUAUCAUUGGUGUUGGUGGACUUGGACACUUUGGUCUCCUAUUCGCUAAGGCAAUGGGUGCUGAUAAGGUCGUUGCUAUCUCGCGCAAGCUCGGCAAGAAGGAGGAUUCGCUGAAGAUGGGUGCGGAUCUUUACAUUGCCACUGACGAUGAGCCGAACUGGGCCUCCGAUAAUGCGAGGUCUUUGGAUCUGAUUGUCUCCACAGUCUCUUCUACCAAGAUGCCCUUCAAUGAUUACUUGGGUCUGCUGAAGACCGGUGGUUCUUUCGUUCAGGUCGGUCUUCCCGAGGACGGCGGUCUGUUUGCUCCUGUCCGCAGCUUGAUGCGCCAAAUCAGUCUCCAGAGCUCUCUUGUUGGCAGCCCUGACGAAAUCCGGGAGAUGUUCCAGCUGGUUGCUGAGAAGGGCAUCCACCCCUGGAUUGAGGAAAUCCCGAUGAAGGACGCCAACAAGGCAAUCGUCGAUAUGGAGGAUGGCAAGGCGCGCUACCGCUACGUGCUGGUCAACGAGGAAUAG